UUUUCUUUUUCUUUUUUUAUAUUUUCUUCUUCUUUUUUUAAAAAAAAUGGUUAACGCUGUAGCAGUUCUUAAAGGUAACGAAGUUUCUGGUGUUGUUAAAUUCUCCCAAGCUUCAGAAGAUGCCAAGACUAUUAUUGAGGCUUCUUUCACUGGUUUGAAGCCCGGAAAGCAUGGUUUCCAUAUCCAUGAAUUUGGUGAUAAUACCAAUGGUUGUAUUUCCGCUGGUCCUCAUUAUAAUCCACACGGUAAGACUCAUGGUGCCCCCGAAACUGAAGUUCGUCAUGCUGGUGAUUUGGGAAAUAUUGUAGCUAAUGAGAAGGGAGAAGCUAACUUGAAGAUUGAAGAUUCUCAAGUCAAGUUGAUUGGUCCUUACUCUGUCAUUGGCCGUACAAUUAUUGUUCAUGCUGACGAAGACGAUCUUGGUCUUGGUGGUCAUGAACUUUCUGCCUCUACUGGUAAUGCCGGUGAUCGUUUAGCUUGUGGUGUUAUUGGUGUCACUAAAUAAGUUUUGCACAAAAUACCUCUUUAUUUUAUAUGUAUUAAAAAAAAAGGCUUAAAAUGAUAUAAUGCAUUUCUUUUAUUAUAAAUAAAUAUAAAUAAGCAUUUGUAUAGGUAUUCUUAA